AUUAUUUUGUCUCAUUUCCUUCCAUUCAAUCGUGUUGGUAUUCUUAUAAUAAAAAUACGUAUUAUCUUUGUUUAUAAACAAGUUUCGUGUAUUAUUAACAUUAAUCGAAAUAGAUGAGUAUACCCAGACUUAUCCAACCUGUUAACAAAUUUAAGUGGGAAAAUUUUAAGGUUAUACCACAUUAUUAUACACAAGAAUUCAGUAAGAGAAAAAUACGCUUAUUAAAGAAUGUCGCCGGUACUUGUUUAUGUAGCAAUCGCAGUUGCCUUGUGCUGGAUUACGGUGUAUUGGAGAAAACGCAAUAUCGUCAAAGAAAAAUUGAAAUGGAUUAAAGAAGUGCCUGGUUUGCCUUUACUAGGCAACAGUUUGGAGUUUAGAGAUCCAAAAACAAUUCUUCCUAAUUCGCAGAAAUAUCUAGAACAAAACAAUGGACUUUUUCAAAUUGCGAUUGGAACGAGACCUUUGAUUAUAGCUUCAAAUUAUAAAUUCUUGGAAUGGCUCUUAUCAUCUACAACUCUGCUAGAAAAGUCGACAGACUAUCAGUUUUUGCACAGAUGGCUCGAAGAUGGAAUACUAAUAACACACGGACCCACAUGGAAGAGAAGCCGUAAAAUACUUACACCAACGUUCCAUUUCUCUAUUCUGGAAGAGUUUGUAACCAAAUUUGACAAAUCUAUCAAAACCCUGGUUAAUUUAUUGAGUAAAGAAGUCGAUAAAGACAGCAUAGAUAUACAACUAUUCAUGAAGAACUACACGUUGGACGUUAUUUGCGAGACAGCUAUGGGAGUUGAUAUUGACGCUCAGCUCAAUCCAGAAUCUCAAUAUGUUAAAGCGGUAGAUGCUAUGUGUUCAAUAGUGGUGGAAAGGGCUUUCAGUCUACUCAAAAUGAAUGAUUUCAUAUACAGGUUUACUGAAGAGUUUAAAAAAGAAACGAAAUACUUAGAAUAUUUGCAUUCAAUAUCAAAUUCAGUCAUUGAAAAAAAGAAGCAGAAGUUGAGCGAUAGAGAAACAGAUAAAACUGAUGAAGUAGGAAGAAAGAAGAGAACCGCCUUUUUAGACUUGUUAUUAAAAUAUAACGAUGUAAAUGGCCAGAAUUUGUCUGAUAAAUUUAUCAGGGAGCAAGUAGACACGAUAAUGUUUGCGGGUCAUGACACAACAGCGAUGGCUCUGUGUUUCAUUCUGCAUUGUUUGUCGAAUCACGCUGAUGAGCAGGAAAGGGCAUACUUGGAAAUUAAAGAAAUAUGUGAAAAUACAGAUGUCAUAUCAUAUUCAGAUUUGCAAAACUUAAAAUAUCUAGAGUUGGUUAUUAAGGAGUCUUUAAGGCUUUAUCCCUCUGUACCUAUUUAUUCAAGACGGAUUAAUAAAGAAGUCAUAUAUGAUGGUGACAAAAUCCUUCCAGAAGGAGUGACAAUAGCAAUUUGUGCUUAUGCAGUCAAUCGUAAUCCUGAAGUGUUUAAAGAACCUGAUAAAUUUAUUCCAGAGAGAUUCUUAGAUUCAGACAUCAAACCUUUUUCUUAUCUACCGUUUAGCGCUGGUCCCAGAAAUUGUAUUGGCCAGAAAUUUGCUAUGUUGGAGAUGAAGACUACUUUAGUUAAAUUGCUGCUCAAUUUUGAAAUAUUACCAGCCAUUCCUGAACAUAAAUUAAUAAUAUCAGCAGAAACGGUUUUAAAGUCAAAGAACGGUUUUAGAAUAAGACUUAAAAGGAGAAAAAGGGCAAAAAAGUGUUACCAGAAUAUCCUAGCUACCGAAGUUCGUGAAACAGUUGAUCUAUCUGUAAAGGAAGACUCAAGUGAACAAAACGUUUUCUCUUCAAUUGCUGAUGAACGAAGUAGUUCCACUGAAAAUUAUGCUUUUAUUAACGAGGUUCAGAAGAGAGAUCUCAAAGAAGAAAUAAAUAACUGGGAAAUAGAGCUAGGUGAAUUACGUGAGGAUGAGGAACAUUCUGAGGAUAUAGUCAAUGCAGAAAAAAACACAAAGCUUAAACGAAAAGCGCUCAGUUUAAUAUUGAAGAUGAUAACGUACGUUCUCUUGGUUUUCUUGCCAGUGUUUCUCUUGUUAUGGAUGUGGAUUACUGAAAAACGGCUGAAAGAUACGUCGAAAUAUAUGAAAAAUGUCCCUGGACCGAAACCGACUUUCCCCUUGGGUAACAUGCUGGAUUUUGCUGCGGGCAGUAAAGUUUACUUGAAAGUGAUAGAAAGAUACAUGAAACAAUAUGGAGAUACUAUUAUAGUUCACGAUGGCUGUUUCAGUUGGUUGGUAGUAACCAUAGAUUAUGAAUUUACUGAAUAUCUGUAUAGCUCAACAACCCACAUAGAUAAGUCCGAUCAAUACAAUCUCUUCUAUGGCUGGCUUGGAGAUGGUUUGCUCACUAGUACAGGCACCAAGUGGAAGAAACACCGGAAGGCGAUAACUCCUUCAUUCCAUUUUUCCAUACUGCAGCAGUUUAUCGAAAUUUUCGAAAAUGUUGGCAAUAAUCUUAUUACAAAACUUGAAAGCGAAGAAGGAAAAGAUAGUGUAGAAAUAUCCAAAAUUAUAUCGCUGUAUGCUUUAGACGUGAUAUGUGAAGCUGCCAUGGGAGUUAAAGUAAAUGCUUUGGAAGGGAAAGAAUCGGAUUAUAUAAAACACAUUAAACAAAUGUGCAGUGUAUUUGUAACUAGAGCAUUUUCACCGCUUGGUGAGCAAUUUUACCCUUUUACUUCAACGUGCUACAAGGAGAAAGAGUCAUUAAAGGUUAUCCACAGAUACAUUGAAAAUGUGAUUAGUCAAAGAAAAGAAGAGAGACAGAAAGGAUCACUAAGUGACAAGAAGAAAAAUAGUGAAAGUGAUGGAAUCAAAAAGAGGCUAGCUUUUCUGGACCUUUUGCUGGAUUUAAAAAUUGAUGGACAACCGUUAUCUAUGAGAGACUUGCGAGAUGAAGUGAACACUUUUAUGUUUGAAGGUCAUGAUACAACUGCAUCUGCCAUUAUGUUUUGUUUGUUUAUGUUAGCAAAUAAUCCUGAAGUGCAAAAAAAAGCAGUAGCUGAACAGCACGAUAUCUUUGGUGAAGACUGCAGUAACGCUACUGCCACGUUCAGCAAUUUUAAUGAAAUGAAAUACCUGGAUCUGGUUAUUAAAGAGACGUUGCGACUGUACCCUUCUGUACCAUUUUAUGCAAGAAAAUUGGCGGAGGAUGUCGAAUUAAAAGGCACGAUAUAUCCAAAAGGCAUGAGAAUUGUUCUCAUUCCAUUCCUUAUGCAUCGAAAUCCGAAAUAUUUCAAGGACCCGGAACAGUUCAUUCCAGAGAGAUUUGAAGAUAAGAGUAAAAGGCUACCGUCUUACGCCUACACACCAUUUUCGGCUGGAGCAAGAAAUUGCAUAGGUCAGAAGUUUGCUGUUCUUGAAAUGCUGUCUGUCGUGUCUAAAGUACUAAGGAAAUAUGAAUUGUUACCCGCAAAACCAAAACAUGAAUUGCAGCUAGCAUCGGAAACAAUUUUAAUUUCGAAAAACGGAGUACGAAUAUCUUUUAGGAAAAGACUGUAGAUUACUUAAGGCAAAAUUUAAAUGUAUUAUGUUUUUAAAAAAAAUAGAUAUAUGCUAACAGUGAUAUAAAAAUAUAAGAUUUUUUGUACAAAUAAAAAUUGUUAUUAAAAAA